AUGAAGGUGGACCAAACCCCGGUCGCCACCAUCGCCAGAUUGGAAGCCGAGACUGAGGCCGUCCUUCGGAGUGUACUGGCGCCUUGGCAGAAGCUGCACGCCUUGCGGACCUUCAUCAUUCCGCAGUUAGAGUUCAACUUGAAGACCGCGCGGAUCCGCAAGACUGCACUUAGGAGCCUGGACAGUAAGAUCAAGUGUGGGGUGAAGAAGAUCUUCAACGUUCCUUCCCGCGCCAGUGCCGAGUUGGUCUAUCUUCCACCUUCUUGCGGCGGGGCUGGACUCGUCCCGCUGGCCGACCUCUCGGACCUGGCCGCCAUCAACCACGCGUUCAGGCUCCUCACCUCACCGGAUGCCAGGGUGGCCUCGCUUGCCUUGGAGGGAUUGGCGGCCUCUGCGGGCCAGAGGAGUGCUGCCCGCGCUGGAAUGGAGUUCCUUGUGGGAUACCUCAACGGCGACUUCCCCGGGAACUCCAAUGUUGCCACCACUUUUUCUGCCGCGCGGGCGGCUCUGAAUAGGCUGAAGAAGCGCUUGCCUGACCUGCGCUGGGGCUGGUGUGCCGGCAGGGCAACAUUCCAAAUCACUAUCCCUGGGGAUAGGGCUCUCAGGAUCGUCGACAGGGGCUCCCGUCACGCGCUGUCGGCCAGUCUGCGCUCCUCGCUGCAGCAACACUUCAGGGCCACCCUUUCCGCGAAACCCGACCAGGGAAGGGUGGCCAGGGUCACCACCACCUGCGCCACUGCCAACCACAUGCUGCACGAGGGACGCUACACACGCUUUGCGGACUGGCGGUUUGUUCACCGGGCCAGGUUGAAUGUCCUCCCUCUCAACGGCUGCCGGCGCUGGGGAGUCAACGAUCGGCGUUGUAGGCGGUGUGGUCAACACGACGAGACCACCGCCCACGGGCCAUCGAGGCUGCGCGGGAGAGGAAGCUGGACACCUAUGGACCACUCGCCCGGAUGCUGA